AUGUUGGAUGCGGUGCGCCGAGGCGCGGAGAAGAUUGAGCGGGUAGCCGCAAAGGAUAUCCUGAUCGCGGGUUUCUACACCCCGGUCGACCGCCAGUGGGCGUUGCGAUGCUUUCAGACGGCCAGCUCGGAGUUGGCGUGGAACCCCUGUCGCAUGCCGUGGCCCUGCGUGCCCUGCACUGCCCACUUUAAACGAUGCUGCUCGCUCGGAAUUAUUACUGGAGCUUUUCAUGGAGAGUUUUCCGGACAAUCUGCUGGAAAAGGCGCUAAUCGUCUAAGCGGGAUGCGCCAUGGAUGUAUUCAUGCUGGUUGA